UCCUGCAAUAACGGCCUCGUUAAAAAUGGCGGACAAUAAGCACAAGAAGCCUCAUGCAAUCAUCAUCCCUUAUCCUCUCCAAGGUCAUGUAAACCCAGCUGUCCACCUUGCUCUGAAGUUAGCUUCUCAAGGUUUCACCAUCACCUUCGUCCACACAGACUCCAUCCACUACCACACCUCCAAAGCCCAUCCCAAUACCGGUCUAGAGUUGUUCGCCAAGGUCCCCGAAUCAGGUCUCGACAUCCGCUACACCACCAUCUCUGAUGGGCUUCCUGUUGGGUUCGACCGAUCAUUGAACCAUGAUCAGUUCUGCGCAGCUCUAUUGCAUGUGUUCUCAGCCCAUGCAGAGGAGAAGGUGGCUGAGAUUGUUGCUUCUGGAGAAGAUGUUCAUUGUCUGAUUGCUGAUACCUUCUUUGUAUGGCCUUCAAAGGUUGCCAAAAAAUUUGGCCUCGUUCAUGUUUCCUUCUGGACAGAACCUGCUUUGGUAUUUACUUUGUAUUAUCAUAUGGAUCUUCUAAGAUUAAAUGGUCAUUUUGAUUGCCCAGAUCGUCGGGAGGAUGCCGUAAAUUACAUACCAGGAGUGAAGACAAUACAACCAAAGGAUUUGGUUUCCUAUCUACAAGAAACAGAUGCUACAUCUGUUUGUCACCAAAUUCACAAGAAUUGCUUCAAUGACACUAAAAAUUCAGAUUUUGUUUUAUGCAAUACUGUGCAAGAACUUGAAUCUGAUACAAUAUCAGCUCUCCAAGCCAAAAUUCAAUUCUAUGCAAUUGGACCCAUUUUUCCAAAUGACUUUUGCACCACCGUUGUAGCCACCAGCCUGUGGUCCGAGUCACCAUGCACCCAGUGGCUAGAUAAACAGCCCAUCGGCUCGGUGUUGUAUGUAUCAUUUGGUAGCUAUGCCCAUGUCACUGAAAAAGACCUUUUGGAGAUAGCAAAUGGGAUUUCCCUUAGCAAAGUGAAUUUUGUUCUGGUGCUUCGCCCUGAUAUUGUGAGCUCGGAGGAUGCUGAUCCAUUACCCGUUGGAUUUAAAGAAGAGGUUGCUGACCGUGGGAUAGUUAUACCUUGGUGCCGUCAGAAAGAAGUGUUGGCCCACCCAGCAAUCGGAGGAUUUCUAACCCAUUGUGGGUGGAAUUCUAUACUUGAAAGCGUAUGGUGUCAAAUACCGUUAUUGUGUUUCCCUCUGUAUACUGAUCAAUUCACAAACAGGAAAUUAGUGGUUGAUGAUUGGAAGAUUGGGAUUAAUUUGAGCGACAAGAAGGUGAUCACCAAGGAGGAGGUUUCAUAUAAUAUUAACCGUCUGAUGUAUGGAGAAUCAGAGGAUGAAAUCAAGAACAGAAUUAAGGAGCUGAAGAAGACAUUGGAAGAUGCAGUGUCACCUAGUGGAUCAUCAGAGCAAAAUUUGAGCCAAUUUAUCAAGAAAUUGAUGGCCAAGAUUUAAAACAUAGCCCAAGCCAAAGAACCACAAAAUCACAGCUACAUAUGCACCAUGUCUUUUUUUGUUAGUAUUAUGGGUAAACUGUAAUUUAAUC